UUGGCGACUCUAAAUUGGUACUCCUUCGUUGAACGGAGGUCGUCAUUUACCGAAGUCGGCGGAGUUUCCAGCUCCCCGCAGAUUAUUUUUUUUUUUCCUGGUUGACUGAAUGAAACCCGAGCGGUAAAUUCGUCCUCGGCAUUUGCACAGCGGUGACCGCGAACGGACUGCGCUUGUCGCCUUUUCUGCGGCGGAUGUCAAAAUAACCGGAUAAACUUUUUGGUUUAUUUUUUUCGUCGCUUGAUACUUUCGCUCUGUGCCUCCCUCGCUCACGCAAAGCGCGCCACCGCAUCGCCUCACAUCGCAUGGGCCCCGCAGCGCCCCCAAGCCUGCCCGCGCACAGCUGCCGCUCGCCGCCUCUUCUUCUUCUUCUCCUCCUCCUCCUCAGCGCGGCUUCCCUGCGACGCACCACAAAUCUGUCAGGGCAGCUUGGCGCGGCAGGGGUGCGAGGUGCACGAGCAGAGCAGCGCUGACAUUCUCGGGAACUCCGCAAGUUUUUCGGCAAGGGUUGUCUCCUUCUGUUUCGUCACCCGGGACACCUUUUUUUUUUUUGCCUCUAAAACUUCCUCUACGUUAAAGGAGGGGAUUUCUGUUUGUCGGCACUUUGGAUUUCGAGGAACGAUGGAUUUUAAAACAUUUCCCCCGUAUGGAUUUUUAUUUCUGAUGUGACAUUUUGCAGAAGACCAUAACAAAAAAAAAAGUGGUAACAUGGCAUUGGAUCAGCCGCCGCUGUCGUCGAAGCAGGUGCUCGUUUGGUUUGUGAUAGCUCAUCAUUUCUUUUCUGUUACUGCCUGUGAUGAAGCCUUCUACGUGCACGCCAUUGAAAAUUUAUGUUUGGCCAAGUUCCAAGGUGACAUGGAGGCUCUGGGCCAACGGUACUGGUGCGACUGGGACGAAACAGUUGAAUCGUAUAAAGAGCUCACCAACUGCACGUAUUUGGUAGCUGAGGAACUGAAAUGCUACUGGCCCAACCAGUUUGUGGAUGAAUUUUUCAUUGGUGUCCACAAAUUCUACUUCAGGAACUGUUCACUGUCUGGCCGCUUGCCUAAAGACCCUCCGAACAACAUCUUGGGCCCAAUGAUUGUGGUGCCGAUCAUCGUCACGCUACUUAUGACUGUGCUGGUAGUGUGGAGAAGCAAACGCAGCGAGGGGAUUGUGUAAAAUUUACCAAACAAGAAAACGAUAAAGCAGAUAGACUGUGUUACCACGGACGUUCUUGCCACGAAGGAGGUAGAGGAGAGCAGGAGUGACGAACACUUGGAGAGCGGCCACCAACAUGAAUCACUUAAUGGUUUGAAGAUAUUAUUGUAACUGAGAAUAUAAACGCUUUUGAUGGAGCAAAAAUGUGGAAAAACAGUAAGUCUAACUAGGGUUAAGCUUAGGAGGAGAAUGCGGGAGGAUCCAGAAUGAAAUUAUAACCAGUGGUGGUCUUGUGUGGACAGAGGACAAUACACCUGUUCUUCUUUUUUUAAUUGAAAAGACUUCUGUACUACAGCCACAGCUUUUAACUGUCGCACACUUUUGUUUCAGUACAUAGACGUUCAUUCACUUGGAAUUUUGUAAUUGUGCCAAAGGUUCCAUUCUAUAAUAAUAAUAAUAGUAAUAAUAAUAAUGGGUUAAUAUAAUUGUAGUGUCAACAUUUCAUAAUCGAUGUCUGCUAUUUUAGUCUAACCGAUAAAAAGAAAUGUGUCAUUGCAUCCAACCUCCACCAGAAAUUGCACAUACUUCAUAUUUAAUUUUCCAGAAAUUACAGAUUUUUAUAUUUCUUAAAAACACUAAAACUAAACUAAAAGUGCUCAAGUGAAUAUCUUUUUUCCUUUUCUUUAUUAUUAUUACUACUAUUAUUUUAAUUUCAUGAACAGAAACUGUACAGUUUAUGGGCUUUUUUCCUGGAAAAGAGCAACAUCCAUCUUAGGAAAUACAAUAAAGCUAUGGUGUGAUAGGGAA